GGCACUCCAUCUUCCACUAGUUAAACAAGUUAAUUUAGUUCGACUUGCUGAAAAAAAAAAAAAAAAAAAAAAAGGGGGGAAAAGGAAGGGGAGAGAGAGAGAGAGAGAGAUGGCAGAAAUGGCGAGGGUGAGGGCAUUAGCGCCUCAUCAUCUUGUUCAUGAUGAUAGAAAUAACACUAAUUCCAUUUCUACUAGUUGUAUACCAAAUUCAUUCUUCAUAAUCCCAAUCGCCACUAAAUACGGCAGCAGCAGCAGAAGAAGAAGAAGAAGAAGAAUCUGUUGCAAAUAUGAGAUUAGCAAAACGCCGUCGUUGGAGCUGGAGCAGGCUGGGGAAGGAGGGAAGAUGGUGGUGGAGCUGGUCGGAGCAUUCAACCACAUCACCCACCGCAUGAGCACGACCACUUCAGAUACUCCAUCAACUUCUUCUUCAAUCAUUCUCUUCAACGCUCUCAAGCUCUCUCUCCCUCUCCUCCACUCCCUCUCCAAUGAACAUAACAGCAAUAGGUCCCUUCGCCGCUCCCCUCUGGCCUCUGCCUUCUCUGUGGCUUUGCUCCUCGCCGACCUCCGCAUGGACGCCGAGGUCAUCUCCGCCGCCCUCCUCUUCCCCGCGGUGGCUGCCUCCGCCAUCUCUCUCCCUGAUGUCCGGCGUCGCCUCCACUCCCCUGCCACCGCCCACCUCCUCCACGACUCCCUCCGCCUCUCCACCUCCCCUCUUCUCCACAAACAUGAACAUUUUGAAUUUGACGGUGACGGUGAUGGUGAUGACUCUUCCUCCGCCGCACUCCGCAAGUUCUACUUGAAGCACUUCGACAGUCGAGCUCUGGUUCUCCAUCUCGCUCUUAAGCUCGACUCCAUGCGUCACCUCCAUUACCUCCCUCGCUACAACCAGCAACUCCUCUCCCUCCAGGUUCUCAGGAUUUACGCUCCUCUGGCCCAUGCCUUGUCCCUUCCAUUGUUGUCCCUGGAGCUUGAGGAUCUCGCCUUCCGCUCCCUCUUCCCUUACUCCUAUCUCUACCUCGAGGCCUGGUUGAGGAGCCACGACACUCUUGAUGAUGAUGAUGAUGGUGGUGGUGAUGGUGAUGGUGGUGAUCAGAAACGACCUCUCAUCCAAGUUUUCAAGGAAGAAUUGCUUCACUCUCUUAAAUCCGAUCCCUUGAUGUCGGCCUUGGUCGAUGACAUCUCCGUCCAAGGCCGCUACAAGAGCCGUUAUAGCACUAUGAGGAAGAUCCUCAGAGACGGCCGCCGGCCUGACCAGGUCUACGAUGUUCUCGGGUUGCGAGUGGUGUUGAGGCCAAGGGACCAACAAUACAAUGACAAUGACAAUGACAAUGACAAUGAUAAGAAUGAUAAUGAUGAUGGUGAUGCUGGGGAGAGAGCCUGCUACCGAGUAGGUGAGAUCGUCCGGUCUCUGUGGAAGGAAGUGCCUCACCGGACGAAGGACUACAUUGCCAACCCCAAACUCAAUGGAUACAGGAGUCUCCACAUGGCUGUUGAUGUGAGCGAAAAUGGCAGGAGGAGACCUCUCAUGGAGAUUCAGAUAAGGACCGAAAAGAUGGACUUGCUCGCCGUUGGUGGCACCGCCUCCCACUCCUUGUACAAGGCCGGCCUCACUGAUCCACAAGAGGCAAAAAGGCUGAAGGCCAUAAUGGUGGCUGCGGCUGAACUUGCAGCGCUGCGUCUUCAGGAUCUCCCAUCCACCACUAGUCACAAAGGUAUUGAAAUCGACAGGAGAGACAGAGUAUUCCGCCUUCUCGACAAGAACGGAGACGGUAGGAUCAGCAUUGAGGAACUCAUGGAAGUGAUGGAGGAGCUUGGUGCUCCUGGGGAAGAUGCGCGUGAGAUGAUGCAGCUCCUCGAUUCCAAUAGCGACGGUUCUCUUAGUUCUGAAGAAUUCGACUUGUUUCAGAAACAGGUUGACUUUAUACGCAAUUUAGAAGACAGAGAUGAUCAGUACAAGAUGAUGCUGAAUGAGAAGCUUCAAAUUGCAGAAAAUAGUGGCUCCGUUCAGGUAUAUACUGAAGGGCCUGGGAGUAGCCUUGGAAACAACUAGAAUUGCUUCCAUUUGUUUGAAACAUAUCUAUACAUCUAUAUAUAACAGAGCUGGAUAUAGAAAACUACUCACAGAUUGAAAACAUCAAAACUUUCAAUCUAAACUUCAAAGGACUUACAAUUUAUUCUGGGAUUCCACUACGGGAAGUUGUUCUACAGAGUUGUUCUUACAAUAUAAUCUUUACAAAUGUUUUUCUGGAAGUGGGAGAAGAGGAAUGAUUACAAAAGAAAAGAAAGGAAAAGAAAAGAUGGGAGGUUACGUGGGUGGAGAGAAGUAGAGGAGAGAAGAAGUGUUGUGUAGAAGUGUUCCUCUCUCUCUCUCUCUCUACAUAUAUAUAUGCUUUGAAGGCUUACCAUUACCAUUGGUCCAUUACCAUCCAUUACCAUUACCAUUACCAACAGGUGUAUCCUAAUGUACCUGUAAUUAAACUCAGCAUUUUUUUUUAUGCUGUAUAUGAUGUUUUUUACUAGUUUAACUUCAUUUCUUCUGUAGCUGCCCUAUGUUUCUGACCCUUUUUUAUAAGUUUAGAAAAAGCCCUACUCUUAUUUCCUAAACAAGGGGACAAGUUUCUGUAAGUAGCAGCCAUUUGACAGAGAUUAUUAUUGUUUUGUUGUUCAGUGUAUUUAGAGUGUAUCUUUAGAUUGAAGAUUGUUCUGUACUAUCUCGAGACAAAUGAAAUUGCUCGACAAAAUUUGCGUGUUACAUAAAUCAGCAAAUGCAUUGUCCUACGAAUGUUUUAUUCCAACCUUUAAUUUCAAGAUUGAAGUUUUUUCCCGGUAUUUCCUUCUUUUUUUUUUUUUUUUUCAUGGCAACCGGAAUUCCAUUCCAUUGCCAAUCAUAACGGCAUUUUUGUCCUCUUGGUAUUUUAUCACCAUUUCACUCGUAGUACCCUUUUUUCCUUUUUUUUUUGGAAUAACCUAGUAUGGUCUUC